AUGGGUUACAACAAGCAAAAGCAGAGGCGUUUCAAGAAAGAUAACCACCGCAACCAAUCCCAUGGCCAGUCUCAUCAACUUCACAGGGAUGAAGAUGAUGUGUCUUUGCCCACUGACCCAGCAGCUGAAGGGGAGGAGCAAACGGGUCCAGCCAUUCAGCUCGCCAUGUGGGAUUUUGGCCAAUGUGAUGCGAAGAGGUGCACAGGACGCAAGCUUGCAAGAUUUGGAUUGUUGAAAGAAAUUCUUCAUUUUUUUUUUUUUUUUCAGGAAUUACGAGUUAGUAGCGGAUUUGGGGGUGUUGUUUUGAGUCCCACGGGGACACAGUGUGUCUCCCAAGAGGAUCUUGAACUGAUCAGGCGAAGAGGUUUAGCCGUUGUUGAUUGCUCGUGGGCCCGCCUAGAGGACGUGCCUUUCACCAAACUGCGGUGUGCAGCUCCUCGUCUUUUACCUUGGUUGGUAGCAGCAAAUCCAGUAAAUUAUGGCCGACCUUGUGAGCUUUCAUGUGUCGAGGCACUGGCUGCAGCUCUUAUUAUAUGUGGGGAGGAAGAAACUGGAAAUCUAUUGCUCAGCAAAUUCAAAUGGGGUCAUGCUUUCUUGUCCCUAAACAGGGAACUUCUCAAGGCAUACUCCAAUUGUAAAAAAGGUGCAGAUAUGAUCGUUGUUCAAAAUGAGUGGCUUUCGCAGAAAAACUCGCCAACUUCAAAUGAAGUCACAAAUGAAAGAGGAGAGCAAUCGGAAUGUAGAAACACCGACGGUGAUGAUGAAGAUGGAUCAUCUUGCGGUUCUGAAGACGGUCUUCCUCCAUUGGAAAGGAAUAUGAAUCACUUGUAUUUGGAAGAAGAAGAAGAAGAAGAAGAAGAAAGUGAUGAAGAAAGUCAAUGA